AUGCUGCCCGAAAAAAGACUGCUGACUGCUGGGGACAUGAAAUUAUGGGAGGAGUCCCAAACAAGAGCCGAUUUCACUAAAUUCAUCAUAGAGCUGGCGGAAUCUGUUAAAGGGCAUGAAAAUUACCAGUUCAAGGAGCCAAUAUCCGAGCAAAUAAUCAGUAUGAUGAAUUUACUUUCUCAAAUAAAAGAUAUUAUCCAGAAGCAUCCAGUAGUGCAGGAUGCAGAUAGUUCAAGAUUUGGCAAGGUUGAAUUCAGAGAUUUCUAUGAUGAGGUGUCACAGAAUUCCAGGAAACUGCUAAGGUCCGAAUUUCCUCACCUUACAGAUGAACAGCUGGAACAGCUAUCCAUAUACCUUGAUGAAUCAUGGGGUAACAAAAGGAGAAUAGAUUACGGUUCAGGUCAUGAGCUAAACUUCAUGUGUUUACUUUAUGGACUUUAUAAUUAUGGAAUAUUCAAUCUUUCAGAUGAUUCGACAAACCUUAUACUGAAAGUGUUUAUAGAAUACCUUCAGAUAAUGAGAAUACUAGAAACAAAGUAUUGGCUUGAGCCUGCAGGGUCGCAUGGGGUUUGGGGGUUAGAUGAUUAUCAUUUCCUACCAUUUUUAUUUGGCGCCUUCCAGUUAACCACCCACAAGCAUCUAAAACCAAUAUCGAUUCACAAUAAUGAGCUUGUAGAAAUGUUUGCUCAUCGGUACCUAUAUUUUGGUUGUAUCGCCUUUAUCAAUAAGGUUAAAUCAUCCGCCUCCUUGAGAUGGCAUUCCCCCAUGCUCGAUGACAUCAGUGGUGUGAAGACUUGGUCAAAAGUUGCCGAAGGAAUGAUAAAAAUGUAUAAAGUUGAAGUUCUCAGUAAACUGCCCAUCAUGCAGCAUUUUUAUUUCUGCGAAUUUUUACCCUGCCCAGAGGGCGUGUCUCGAUCAAGAGGUCAUAUACAUAAUGGGACUUAUGCGGACGAUGAGUGCAACUUCGAAGAUCAUGUUCAUAGUACGUGGGGGGAUUGUUGCGGCAUAAAGUUACCAAGUGCCAUUGCGGCCACGGAAAUGAAUAAAAAACAUCAUAAACCAAUACCAUUUGAUUAA